AUGCCGCUUCCCUCUCCCCUCAAGCUCAAGCAAUGGCUCUCAGAUAAUGCGGAGAAAUUACAACCCCCUGUGAAUAAUUUUUGUUUGUAUUCUGGGAAGGACUUUGUUGUUAUGGCGGUCGGUGGUCCCAAUGAGCGGAAUGACUUUCAUGUUAAUGAGACUGAGGAAUGGUUUUAUCAACAUAAGGGACCAAUGCUUCUGCGCGUUGUAGACGGAGACGAAGUCCGGGAUAUUCAUAUUGAAGAGGGGGAAAUGUUUCUCCUACCUGGAAACACACCGCACAAUCCAGUACGUUUCGCAAAUACCGUAGGUCUAGUCAUUGAGCGUGUGCGACCUGAUAACGCCAUCGAUCGUCUCCGUUGGUAUUGUCGUUCUGGGGCUCAUAACAAACCAACUAUAAUCCGGGAAGAGGCGCUUCACGUCACUGACUUGGGCUCACAACUAAAACCGAUAAUCCAGGCCUGGAUGACUGACGAGAAUCGCAGGAGGUGUCCGGAAUGCGGGUUAAUCGCCGUUCCGAAGUGAGAGAGAUAACGCUUAUUGAUUAUUGAUUAUAAUAUGUGGAUUUAUAUUGCAUGAGUCAGUCGUUGUAACUGCUGAGAAAUAUACUGGAUAUAUUUUGGAU